UGACGCCCGCUUUCCACGCACCUGCGCAGCUCUUGCAUUUCGCACUUCGCAGGAACUCCUGAGGAGUUCGGGGGUUCGCUUUCCGCCACCAGCUUCCUAGUGGAAGGUCGAUGGUCCUGGUGUAAACGCGGUGCUUCCCUAAAGUGAGAUCGGGGGGACGCCACUCCGACCCGGCCAGCCCGGAACCACAAGUUGGAGCACCGCGUUUCCUGAUUGCCUCAUUGGCUACCACUUCCGCCCAGGGGUCUGGAAUACCGAGACCCUUCAGUGGCGAAGAACAGGAAAGGCACUUCCGGUGCCUGUUGCCAAGGCGCCGGCCCCGUGGGCCUAAAGGAGCGACAUUAUUGGCGUCGUCCUCUCCCCCCUUCUUAGGGGUCGAGAUGUCGGGGCUUAGCCAGCCAGAGAGAGAGGGCUGUCGUAACCUGCUUGGCCUACUGGACAACGACGAGAUCAUGGCCCUAUGCGACACCAUCACCAACCGCCUGGUGCAGCCUGACAACCGCCAAGAUGCCAUUCAUGCAAUAUUAGCAUACAGUCAAAGUGUAGAAGAACUUCUGAGGCGUAAAAAAGUCCAUCGUGAUACCAUAUUUAAAUACUUGGCAUCACAGGGGGUUAUUAUACCUCCAGCUACUGAAAAACACAGUCUUAUUCAGCAUGCAAAGGAUUACUGGAAAAGGCAAUUACAGCUGAAAUUGAAGGAAACACCAGAGCCAGUUAAGACCUCUCGGGACAUUAGGCUCUUUCAACAGCAGGAGAAAGAAGAUAAAAAAGCUGAGAAAGUUGAUUUUCGUCAGUUAGGAGAAGAAUUCUGUCACUGGUUCUUUGAACUUCUUAAUUCUCAGAAUCCUUUUCUGGGACCACCUCAAGAUGAAUGGGGGCCACAGCACUUCUGGCAUGAUGUCAAGCUUAGGUUUUAUUACAACACGUCUGAACAAAAGGUGAUAGACUACCAUGGAGCAGAAAUUGUGAGCCUUCGUCUGCUGUCACUAGUGAAAGAAGAAUAUCUUUUUCUCAGUCCCAACCUAGAUUCCCGUGGACUGAAAUGUGCAUCUUCUCCCCAUGGUCUGGUUAUGGUUGGAGUUGCUGGAACCGUCCACCGAGGGGACACUUGUUUGGGCAUUUUUGAACAAAUUUUUGGACUCAUCCGCUGCCCUUUUGUGGAAAAUACUUGGAAAAUCAAAUUUAUCAACUUGAGAAUUAUUGGAGAGGCUUCCCUUGCUCCUGGAACAUUAAUGAAACCAGCUAUUACAUUUGAACAAAGUGAUCUGGAGGCCUUUUAUGGUAUAAUCGCUUUAUGUGAUACUAAAAGUAUUACGUAAUGUAAGGCAGGCAUUGGAUAAUAGAUCUGGGACCAAGCUUUCUGUAAUGGAAAGGAGGCAUUGUUGAACAAGAGAACUGAGUUUAAGUAACCCUCUGAAGCGUUGAGCACUGUAUGUGAGUCUAUACAAAAACUUUCCCAAAUACUACAUCAGUAAUGUCUAAGUGAUUUCAGAUGCGAGGAUUGAUAUAUUUUAGUUGAAAUAUCCUUUUUGACUACAGACCAACAUAUUACAUGAAUAUUUGCCUCUUUCUACUUGAGUUGUAGCAAAUGUUCUGAAGGCUUAAUGCAGUUCAUCAAAUAAAUCUCACUUUAGAUGUUAUAAACAGUGUGCCUUAGAAACCAGGUAAUAUGUUCAUUUUACUCUAAAUGUUCUGCUCAUGUGUGUACUUUUCAUAUGGGGAAGGAGAAAUAGUGUUCAAGGUUUCCCCUUAUCAAGGUUCUCAUUUACUUUCAUCUAAAUCUGGAUAAUUUUGCAAACGUAUCUCAUGACAGUAUUGUUUUCAAAAUGCAUAUUUUAGAGAUAUUUAAACUCAAAAUUCUUAUUUUAGAAAACUUGGAUGACAUUCUUAAUGCAAAAAGUGCAAUAAUUUAGCAGGUGGAGAAAAAAUUACUUUGCCUUUGUAAAAUUUGAGGAACAGUUUUCAAAGUUAUCUGUUGUAGUCCAAGCUAAAUAUCGUAGAAUCUGCAAUAUUUUCUGAACUAUUUUGGGCAAUGAUAAGUGCUAUUCUCAAAACAGACCUUAUUCUUAUCUAAGGCUUCAGCUAACAGUUUUAUAGAGCAUUUAUUGUAAAAUAUAAUGAAGCAUACUGUUGAAAUUUUUUAAAAAGUUGUGCCCAGUUCCUAACUUUUUAUUGAAUUACUGUUUUCCUUCUUGCUUUAUCUUGGAGUAGGUGACCAAAAAGGAAAAAGUAACAACACAAAUGUAUAAUGUGAGCAUACAUAUGUACAUACAUAUGCAUGUACUCCCACAUCAUAAAUUAAAAUUAUUAAGAUUCUUUUCACCUCUAAUUUGUUUUACUAGAUUUGAGUUACAAAGUUAAGUUACCAGCUUAAUUACACAGUUGCUUUAGAGUUUAAAUUCCUUAUCACCCAGCAGCUACUUGCUGAUCCUGGAUUUAGUUUGUAAUUUUAAUUUCCAAAAAUGCCAUUUGGAAGAAAAUUCAGCUGGGAAAUGUGAUGAUGUAUUGUACACGUUAACUGUUUGCCUUUAACACUGCUUGUGAUCGAUCAUCUAGGGUGACUGAAAAUUUUGAAAAUAGGAAAAAGCUCUUCUUUUUUGUUUAAUGCCAUGCAUCUUAUGAGGAGUACAAAUUAAUAUAUCCAAAAAUAAAAACUUAAUAAAGGAGGGAAAUCCCUUUUGUCUGCUAUAAGAAUAGUGUAUUGUUUAGAUUUAAAGUCACAUUUUCUUGAUUUGGAAGUAUUAUAACAUGUAACCAAUAAAUAUCCCGAGUAAAGGAUAAAUGAAAAACUUUCCAGUUUUCUUUGUGCUGUUAAUGUCAAGUACUGCAGAAAUACUACUACAGAUACUCAGGAUGGGCAGAAAUUGCCUUUAGUUUUUUUCAAUAUUGAAUUUUGAAUUCAUGUAAUGUUCAAGUAAAACUGAAAUCCAUGCAUGUUCUUUUUCUUUUAAUCACCCUUAACAACUUGAAAUCUUACAGACUGUAUAUUGGAGCUAUGUUUUAUUUCCUGUGAGUCUCCGCAGUUGGGCACACCAUAAGUCCUGGUGUUUUAACAAAUGGGUGAAAGAAUGAGCAAAAGAAGCUUACAUUUUUAUAAAAGACUCUGUGUCUAGAUUUUUGUCUUUGGUGCUUCUCAUCAGUGGUGGUUUUUUUUUUUUUUUUUUUAUCAUAUCGUCUGUUUUGAGUUUUAUAUGUGGAUACAUGGAAACUUUUAGGCCCCAUACUAACUCAGAUUUGGGGAAAUUUUUAACUUUUCCUUUAAAAUUUACUGAAUUUCAGAAGCCCGAGGACAGAGUGGCAUAUACUAGGAGGGCCAUAGGACUACCUAGAAACUAUUAUAGGGGAAGUGUAGAUUUCCCUGUUUGGAGAAAGAAGACCUGGAGGAAUUGAAAUUUGUUCACAAAGCUUAAAGGUUGGUCAGGCCUCUGAGAAGGUCCAGAAGUAUGGUGCAGAUUGAAUUCUGAUUUCACUACUACCCACUGCUCUGUUUAUAUUAGCGAGAGGCAGAGACCCCACCCCAGCCUUGAGUCUCUUGCUUCAUUACAUUCAGGAGGUAUUUGGAAAUUCUAUGGAAGCAAAUGGUAAAGAAUACAACAUUCUACACACAUAAUUCAUAAUAAUUGGGUGGUCAGACCACGGGGGCACCUUGGUUUUAUUUACUGUAGGUUGAUUUGCUGUAGCUUAAUAACGGUAUACAUAAAUAUUGAUAGUUAUAUCAGGAUGUUUUAUUAGUAUCUAGAAUGCCUAGAAACAUUUUAUGUCUUACUAACUAACAAUACCAAAUAGAAAAAAGCCAUCUCUUUUAUAUCAACUUGCAAAUGGCAAGUACAAGUCAGGAAAAUGUUCCUCGGUUUUCAGAAUGGUAUCAAUUUUAUGCUGGUUACCUAGUCCUGGUAAAUUGUGAUAGCACCAGAAAAGGAUUUAAAGAAUAGUGGUUUAAUUUUUUUAAAAGCUAAUUAGAAACAUGGUGUUUUAACAAAUGGCUUAUGGCUAAGUAGAUCAUAAAAAUGAAUGAAAAUCAUACCUUAACGUUUUUCUUAGUGUCUGUUUGCUCAAAUUUAGAUGCCCUUUUAUUCACUGGUUCUUAAUUUGAAUUGUGUAUGUGUGUGGUGGCGAGGUGGGGAGAGAAGUCAUCGACCUUUUGAAAAAUGAGAGUAUGCCUGUGUCUUUUUCAGAGUCUCUAAGCUAGAGUGAUAAACCUUAUGAAUGAAUGAUCGCUAGAAAAAUCUGUUUAUGAUAGUUGUUGACUUGUGAAUUUUGUUUUUCCAAAAGAUGUCAGAUGUUAAGACAACCUACUGAAAUACUGUCAAGUGAAACAAAAAUUGAUUUUAUUUUGACAAGAUAAAUUUAAUGAAUAAUGAACAUGCUUGGGAGAAAGUGAUAAAAAUGUGAAAAGCAAUCUUUUCAAAAUUACAUUCUCAAGACCUUUACAAAAACUAUCCUAAGAAGAUGUUUAUUUAAAAUGAUUGGAUAUUGCUAAUUCUGUGAAGAAUUUUAAAAAUAUGAAUAUUUCCUCUGAAGGGAAUGUGAUCUGCUUGUACACCACUUCUCUCUCGUCUCCCCACUCCAACAUUAUUCAUAACCUGUUUUAUAUAGCCAGUUGGAAAGCCGCACAGUGGCAGUGCUGGGAAAUAAGACUUUCUAGAUCUUUGUUCUCUUUUGGCAUAUAUUUAUAGAGCAUCUACAAUUUGUAAGUCACUGAAUCAAGUGCAAGAUAAAAAAAUCCAUUAAAAGGUGAUUGACCUAAAUUGAUGUUGAAUUCAAAUCUCGAAGUCUGGAUUUAGAUAGUUUACGGUGAUAAGUACUUUAGGCCCUUGGUAGACGGAUUCAGUAAUAUUUUCUUAUGUGGUUAGAGCAAUAAAAAACAUUUUAUUAUAAUUUUAAAUAGUUACAUGGUUCUAGCUAAGUCAGAUUUUAUCAGUGCAGAUACAGUAUUUUGAUAGACCACUUUAUUUAGAGUUGGAAGGAAAAUAUUUCAGAACUGUAGCAGAGCGCACUAAAUUUUUAGCUUCAUUUAUUCUAGUUUGAACCUUUCCAAGUCUUUUAGUAAAACAAUAUUAAAAUUGAAUGUAAUGUUUACUAUGAGUCAUAAUAUACCUCAAAAUAUUAAACCAGAAACUCCAGAAUUACUUGUUAGAAUCAUUGGCCUAGAAUUUUGUACCACGUAAUUUCUGUUCUCAGUACUGCCAAAUUUAAUUUCCCUUUUUAGUGAGUCGCUUAGUGUGAGGGUUCUUUGGUUAGCAGUUUUCAUCUUCAGUUUUUAGACACCCUUAAUCUCAAGUAUGAAAUUAGUCACAUUUGAAUUAGUGAACUUAAAGAUUGAAGGAAUCCCUUGCUGCCCGCUACCAAAUUGUGUUGACUUGUCCGAUCUGAUGUUUUCUGAACAAAAAAUUAAUAACUACUUAGAAAACCUUUUUUUUGAAACACUUAGUUGCUAAGUUUGUGUUAUAUAAUCUUUUUCCUCUCUCAUCUUUUACUAUAAUAAUGGUUAGUAUGAACACUUAAUUGUUCUCAAAUUGUUACAUGUAAGUUACUUUUGCCUGCCUACAUAGAUGGUAAAUCCCUAGAACUGGUGAUUCUUACUUAUUUCACAGUCUUUUCCCCUGUGCCUUGCACAGGAUAUAUAAUGGCUAAAAUUUGGGUGCUUUUAUAUACCAAUUACUUUGAUGUGCAUGUCGUGUUCACAAAGUACUGUGGGCAGCUGAGUGAGGUCGAUAUCAUUAUCCUUCUUUUACCAGAAAACAGGAUUGAGUAACUUCCCAGUUUUCAGAGCUAAUGGUAGAACCUGGAUUUAAACCCAGGUAUGAGAGCCUGAGAGCUCUGACGACUAUACUAUAUUGCCUCUUACAUGUAGUAGGUUUUUGAUGAAUCCUUUUUGACUAAUUGUCUUCAAUAUGAAAGUCAUCAUUUGCUGGCACUUAUUUCCAAAGCAAAGAUGCCUUUCCUCUGUAUUUAUGUAAAUAUAGAGGGAGUGUUAAUGCAUACUGUAUCCUCUUGUAAUUAUACCUCUUAAGUUGCUCCUUUAGUGAUUUAAAACCGCUUGGAAAAAAGAUAAAGAAUGUUCAUGUAUGGCAAUAUUACUUAGGAAAAAUAAAAAUGGUAAUUGGGUAAUAUAAAAAUAUAAAUAAUAAUUUAUGUUAAAUUUCUUGAACUCACUGUCACAGCACAAUCUCUAGUCCCCUUCCUGUUAAUGGCACCGUUGUGCUUUCAGCCUCAGAAUGUCUGUUUCACACAUUCAAUUUCUUGCCACAUCUGGAUGUAGCAUAUCUAUAGAGUAUUGUUUUCUAUUUCAGCUGCUGCUGUAAUUAGACUCUCUUUACAGAAACCUACAUUGUUAAUAUCAUUAAGGGGCUUUUCCUUGAUUUUAGGUGCCUUGCUCAAGUGGCAUAUCUACCACUCUCUCCAGUGUCUUGAAGAGACAUCCCUCCAGGUCCAUAAUAUGAAUUGUAAUGUCAAGGAAAUAGAUUAUUUUAAGACUACAUGACUCCUGUGCAAAUGGCUCAGUUCUGCAGAGCUUCAUUCCCCUGCCCCUUUUCCAAUCUUAUUUUCUUGGCUUACUGAAGAAACCUGAAAUGUUUGGGGACUUACUUAAAAUCACGUCCAAAACUUAAUAUGAAAGAAUACUUUCCUGAGCUAAAUGCAAGACAGGUUGGGAAUCCAUUUAACAUCAUCUGCAGGUAGAUUUUUCUUUUAAUGAUUCUAGAUAAGGUUAUUGUGAGAGAAAGUAUAUGACUAAAGAAUAUAUGUGGAUCGAUAAGAAAAAUGAGUUCUGUAAAUCACAUGCCUAUUCUUAGAACAUCAGAGCAAUGACCAGCUUCCUCUUUCUAUAUGCACAUAGUAAUGUAGAACAGAAUUGUGGUGGGGAAAACUGCUUAUAUAUCAUUCUUAGGUUCAACAAGUUGUACACUAAAAGCUUAUGCUGACCGGACUUUUCUUUUUAAGCGGUAAUCUUCUUUUCACACACACAGUUUAACGGAAAACAUCACCUACCUGCAUUUUCUUUUAGCAAGCAUUCAAUGCCCUUAUUUUCUGUCCUUUCAUAAUCCUGCUGUUUUUGGCAAUUUGUCAGUGAUCACUUCACUGUCCUUUUACUUUCCCAAAUGAAAUUUAUUUUGAAACAUUUUCAGUACUGGAGUGAAAAAAAAUUAUUUUAAACUUUUCAUAUUCUAUGAGUAACAAUUAUUAAUGACAUGCCAUUUAUCAAUGGAUAGUAUUUUAGAAGUAUGUAACAAGGACAUGUUUAUGCACAGUAUAUUGGAGGAAGGAGAGAGUUUCAUCAAAUGACUUUAAUAUUCUUUAUUACUUCCUAGCCAAAAUAAUGCUUUUAUUCAUUAUUAUAAUUAGUACAUAAAUAUGUCAUAUUUCUAUACCUAUAUUCAAAAGACUUGCUAUGAUCUUCAUUUUAUAGGCUCGUCUUUGUAAGGCUGGUUAUUUUUGAAGCUUUCAGACUUGCACAUCACCACUUUGCAUAGUGGUGAGUUUAACUUUUACCUCUCCUAAAUGUAGCAUGCCAGUAAGCAGGGUCUCAAGAUACGUCAAGUAUAGUGAACACUAUAAAUAUACAGCACUCUUUUUUUUUUUU